CCUAGAGAGGACAGAAAGAAAGGUGGGGGUGGGACCAGGUCCUCCCGAUCUAAAGCCCCUCCCACCCUCCCAAGCCGCUUCCUGCAAGCGGGGGCGGGCGGGGGUGUUUUGUCUGCCUCCGUUCAAAGCGUUGCUUCGGUGUCUCCUCCUGCAGUCUGGAUUUGCAAGCGCCUCUACUUAGGACAGGCGGUCCUGGGCAGAAGAACAAGGGCUUCCUUCUGACCUCUUGGAGCCUUCCUGGGGGCCCAGAUGGAUGAGCAAGACUCAGCUGGCCCUGAAGCAGGAAGAGGCCAUGCCAUCAAAACUGGAAGCAGUGAGGGAUUCUGGGAAAGCCCCAUGCUGAAGAUUCUGAGUGAGGAGGACACCAUCAGCUCAGAUAUGCAGAGCCAGCAGUUCAGACAGUUCUGCUACCAGGAGACCAAAGGACCUCGAGAGGUUUGCAGCCGACUCCACCACCUUGACCAUCAGUGGCUAAAGCCAGAAAGGCACACGAAAGCUGAGAUGGUGGACCUGGUGGUCUUGGAGCAGUUCCUGGCUGUUCUUCCACAGGAGUUGGAGAACUGGGUGAGGGAAUGUGGAGCAGAGACCAGUUCCCAGGCGGUGGCCCUGGCUGAAGGAUUCCUUCUGAGUCAGGCAGAGAAGAGGAAGCAGGCAGAGCAGCAGGAAACGAUUAUGUUUGCAGAAAUGGGCCUGGAUUCCUCUGAGGCAGAGAGGACUCUAUUGGACACCAAAAAGAGGCCACUGGGUGACAGAAUGAUGCCAGGAAGACCUCUUCAUCCAUCUUUGCAUGGAGGCAGUGGAGAAACAGCAGAUCUGGAACCAGAUCAGGGUCCAGUGUGCUUUGAAGAUGUAGCUGUUCAUUUCACAGACGAGGAGUGGGCGUUGCUGGAUCCUGACCAGAGAGCUCUGCAUAAGGAAGUCAUGGAGGAGAAUCAUUGGAUCACAGAGUUUCUUAAUGGUGAUGUUUCGGAAAUGAAGAACAAGGGAGACCAUGACAAAAUCUACACAAUGGAGAAGCGAUAUAAGUAUUUGGAGUGUAUAGAGAACUUCAGUCAGAGCUCCCAUUCCACUCCCCUCCAAAGAAAUCUCUUUGGGAAGAAAUCCUAUCAGUGCUUGGAAUGUGGGAAGAGCUUCAAUCGGAAGGAUAGUCUCACUCUUCAUCAAAGAAUUCAUACAAAGGAAAAACCAUAUCAGUGCUUGGAAUGUGGAAGGAGCUUCAGUCAGAGCACAGGUCUCAGGUCCCAUCAAAGAAUUCAUACUGGAGAGAAACCAUAUCAGUGUUUGGAAUGUGGAAAGAGGUUCAGUCAGAGGGUCCAUCUCACAUCCCAUCAAACAACUCAUACGGCAGAAAAGGCAUUUCACUGUUUGGAAUGUGGAAAGAGCUUCACCCGGAAGGAAAAUCUGACUUUCCAUCAUAGAAUUCAUACAGGGGAGAAACCGUAUCAGUGUUUGGAAUGUGGAAGGAGCUUCAGCUGGAAGACUAGUCUGACUUUACAUCAAAGAACUCAUACAGGGGAGAAACCAUAUCAGUGCUUAGAAUGUGGAAAGAGCUUCACUCAGAAGGAAAUUCUCACUUCCCAUCAAAGAACUCAUAAAGGGGAGAAACCAUAUCAAUGCUUGGAAUGUGGGAAAAGCUUCAGUCGGAAAUCUUAUCUCAGUUCCCAUCAAAUAACUCACCGUGAUGAGAAACCAUACAAGUGCUUUGAAUGUGGAAAGAGCUUCACUCAGGGUGUCAACCUUAAAGCACAUCAAAUAAUUCAUACAGGAGAGACGCCGUUUCAGUGCUUGGAAUGUGGGAAGAGCUUCACCAAGAAAUUAAAUCUCACUUUCCAUCAAAGAAUUCAUACAGGGGAGAAGCCAUUUCAGUGCUUGGAAUGUGGGAAGAGAUUCAGUCAGAGAGCUGGUCUUAUGUCCCAUCAAAGAAUCCAUACAGGUGAAAAGCCAUUUCAGUGCUUGGAAUGUGGAAAGAGCUUCAGUCACAGUGCUAGCCUUAAGAACCAUCAAAGAGUUCAUACAGGAGAGAAGCCAUUUCAGUGCAUGGAAUGUGGAAAGAGCUUCACCAUUAAAUUAUCCCUCACUUCCCAUCAGAGAAUUCAUACAGGGGAGAAGCCAUUUCACUGCUUGGAAUGUGGAAAGAGCUUCAGUCGGAACGCACAUCUCAAUUCCCAUAAAAGAACUCAUAGCAAGGAGAAACCUUAUUCGUGCAUGGAAUGUGGUAAGAGGUUCACCCAGAAGGGAAGUCUCACUUCCCAUGAAAGAACUCAUACAGGGGAAAAACCGUAUCAGUGCUCUGAAUAUAAAAAAUGGUUCAGUCAUAGUGCCAAGCUCUCAGUCCAUCGAAGAAUUCACACAGGGGACAAAGAAUACCAGUGCUCAGAAUGUGGAAAGAGCUUCAGUCGGAGUACUGUUCUUAAGGUGCAUCAAAGAAUACAUACAGACAGACGGAAUUGGCAGAAGAAGAAGGGGGCUUCCUUCCGUUCUCUUGGAGGCUUCCUGGGAGCCCAGAUGGAUGAGCAAGACUCAGCUGGCCCUGAAGCAGGAAGAGGCCAUGUCAUCCAAACUGGAAGCAGUGGGGGAUUCUGGGAAAACUCUCAACCGAAGAUCCUGGGUGAGGAGAACACCUUCAGCUCAGAAGUGCAGAGAAAAAAUUUCAGGCAGUUCUGCUACCAGGAGGCCAAAGGACCUCGAGAGGUUUGCAGCCGACUCCACCACCUUGACCUUUGGUGGCUGAAGCCAGAAAAACACACAAAAGCUGAGAUGCUGGACCUGGUGAUCUUGGAGCAGUUCCUGGCUGUCCUUCCACCGGAGAUGGAGAGCUGGGUGAGGGAAUGUGGAGCAGAGACCAGUUCCCAGGCGGUGGCCCUGGCCGAAGGUUUCCUCCUGAGUCAGGCAGAGGAGAGGAAGCAGGCAGAGCAGCAGGGAAAGAUUAUCUUUGCAGAAAUGGGCCUGGAUUCCUCUGAGGCAGAGAUGACUCCGUUGGACACCAAAGAGAGGCUACUGGGUGACAGAAUGAUGCCAGGGAGACCUCCUCAUCCAUCUUUGCAUGAAGGCAGAGGAGAAGCAGAAGCUAUGGAACCAGAUCAGGGUCUGGUGUGCUUUAAAGAUGUAGCUGUUCAUUUCACAGAUGAGGAGUGGGCGUUGCUUGAUCCUGACCAGAGAGCUCUGCAUAAGGAAGUCAUGGAGGAGAAUUGUGGGAUUAUGGAGUCUCUCGGUGGUGAUGAAUUAGAAAUUAAUAACGAGGGAGACCAUGACAAUGUCUACACAAUAGAGAAGGGAAAUAAAUAUUCUGAGUGUGAAGGUAACUUCAGUCAAAGGUCCCCUUCCACUUCCUCAGAAAGAAAUGCCUUUGGGAAGAAAUCCUAUCAGUGCUUGGAAUGUGGAAAGAGCUUUAGUCAUAGGACUAAUCUCACAGCCCAUCAAAGAAUUCAUACAGGGGAGAAACCAUAUCAAUGCUUGGAAUGCGGUAAGAACUUCGCUUGGAAGGAAAGUCUCACUUCGCAUCAAAGAAUUCAUACAGGGGAGAAACCAUAUCAGUGCUUGGAAUGUGGAAAGAGCUUCAGUCGUAACUCCCAACUCAUUUCCCAUCAAAGAACACACAGUGGCGAGAAACCGUAUCACUGCCUAGAAUGUGGGAGGAGCUUCAGUCAGAGUGCUGUUCUUAGGGUGCAUCAAAGAAUUCAUACAGGAGAGAAGCCAUUUCAGUGUUUGGAAUGUGGAAAGAGCUUCACCCAGAAGUUAAAUCUCAGUUUCCAUCAAAGAAUUCAUACAGGGGAGAAACCAUUUCAGUGCUUGGAAUGUGGAAAGACCUUCAGUCGGAACUCCCAUCUCAAUUCCCAUAAAAGAACUCAUAUUGAGGAGAAACCCUAUCAGUGCAUGGAAUGUGGAAAGAGCUUCACCUGGAAGGAAAGUCUCACUUCCCAUGAAAGAAUUCACACAGGGGAGAAACCAUAUCAGUGCUUGGAAUGUAGAAAGAGCUUCACCCAGAAGGAAAGUCUCGCAGCCCAUCAAAGAAUUCAUACAACUGAGAAUCCAUAUCAGUGCAUUGAAUGUGGAAAGAGCUUCAGUCAGAGUUCCAACCUCAUGUCCCAUCAAAGAAUACAUACAGGGGAGAAGCCUUAUCAGUGCUUGGAAUGUGGAAAGAACUUCAGUCAGAACACCCAUCUCACAGCUCAUCAAAGAAUUCAUACAGGGGAGAAACCGUAUCAGUGCUUGGAAUGUGGAAAGAGCUUCAAUCAGAGGUCCAAUCUCACGGCGCAUGAAAGAAUUCAUACAGGGGAGAAACCAUAUCACUGCUUGCAAUGUGGAAAGAGCUUCAGUCAGCGAGUCAAUCUCACUUCACAUCAAAGAAUGCAUACCAGUACAAUCAUAGAAUCAUAGAAAUGUAGAAUUCUAUAGUUUGAAGGGGCUCCAAGGGCCAUCUAGUCCAACCUCCUACAAUGCUGUAAUUUCAACUGAAGCAUGCAAGACAGAUAGUCAUCCAACCUCCGCUUAAGAACCUGCAAAGGAGGAAAAUCCACCGUCUUCCAAGGAGUCGGUUUCACUGUCGAAGAGCUCCUACUGUCAGAAGGUUCUACCUGAAGUUUACUCAGAACCUCCUUUUUUAUAACUUGAAGCCAUUGAUUAGGGUCCUGUCCUCCAGAGCAGGAGAAUAUGAGGUUGCCCCAUUUUCAAUGGGACAGCCGUUUCAAUAUUUCAAGAUAGCUAUCAGACCUUCUCUCAAUCUCCUCUUUUCCAGGCUUAACAUACUGAAUUCAGCCAUUCCUCAUAAGACCUUUUCUGAGCCACGAUCACCCUCCUCUACACAUGCUCCAGUUUGUCAAUAUCCUUCUUAACUUGUGGUGCCCAAAACUGGACACACAAUUCUAGGUGGAGUCAUUCCAAGUUAGAUUAGAGCAUGACUUCCUUCUAUAUUUUCUAUAUAUUCCUUCUAUAUUUCUGUUGAUGCAGCCUAGAAUAGCAUUUUCUUUUCUUUUUUUCCUUUUGCUGGUGCUGCAUCUCACUGCUGAAUAAGAGAAGUGAGAGUAGAAGUGUGCUGUCCUCACUACCGUGCCUGGUGACCUAGGUAGUUCGACAUACAGCUAAACCUUCUUGUCUUCGACGGAAAAAAGAGACUUUUUUUUUACUUUUAAUCCUAUACUUUAUUAACAGUCAAGAACGAGGUAAAACAAAUUGAAUAAGACAAAUAAUAAGUGUGAAGACAAGUAUUAAAUGGUAAAACAACGAUACAAUCUUGCAGGUGGAGAACAUGUAACAGGACUCCCUCUGGUACCCUCACACCCACUGAACUCCUCCUCUCUAACCUCAGCCACCAACUAUCCCAACUGUCAGCAACUGUCGUUCUUGCAAUAUUCUUUUUGGCCAGUAGGUGGAGCCGUGCUACCCAGUACAAUAACAGCCCAUACAAACUAAAUACAUUUAUGAACUUUGCCCGUGCCAAAGGCACGACACUCCCCGCUUGGUAUCAACAGAUACUACUAUUUGAUUCCCCCGAUGACAACAGUAGAACCAGUUCAGAGACUGGUCUAAGAAACAACUUUGUUUGUUGGUUUUUGCAUACUUUAAUUUCCACUUUCCUGACUCUUCUAUCUUCACUUGGAAAGACUUUGGUGAUGCAGGCUAAUGGCCAUUCAUUCCUUUGAGACUGACAGUCUUUAACAAGAACGAUGUCGCCAACGUUUAGAUUAGGCUUGGCAGUUUGCCAUUUAGAUCUUGAUUGUAGAAUAGAGAUGUACUGUUUCUUCCACCUAUCCCAGAAGGUGUUUGCAAGACUUUGAACCUGUCUCCAUUGACGCAAAUGCAAGUCUUUGUUAGUGAACUCACCAGGAGGUGUACUGACUACUUCAAUUUUUUGAGUAAGGAGAGUUGUCGGUGUCAACAAAAAAGGUUCUUCUGGGUCAUUGGAGAUGGGUUAAAGGUCUGGCAUUAAUAAUUGCUGCAACUUCUGCCAUGAAGGUUUUCAGACUCUUGUGAGUAAGCCAAGUAUUCCCUAUUUGUAGGAAGAUGGAAUCUAAGAUCCUACAAGCCACUCCUAUCAUUCUUUCCCAAGUUCCUCCCAUGUGGGAAGAAUGUGGUGGAUUGAAGGUCCAUAUACAAGCUUGACUGCUCAAAUAUCUUUCUACUUGUUUUGUGUCUUAGUUUGAGAGAAUGCUCAGUUCUUUGGAGGCACCAAUGAAAUUAGUGCCUCUGUCAGAGCGAAUGUGUUUUAUAGGGCCUCUAAUAGCAAUAAAACGUCUUAAAGCAUUAAUAAAGCUAGACGUGUCCAUAGACUCAAUCACUUCAAUGUGGACAGCUCUAAUAGACAUGCAGGUGAACAAGACUGCCCAGCGCUUGCUGCUUGCAUAACCUCCUCUAGUACGACGUGCGGAAACAGACCAGGGGCCGAAGACAUCGAGGCCUACAUAGGUAAAGGGAGGGUCUGUGCUGAGUCUGUCAGCUGGAAGAUUGGCCAUCUUUUGUGUUUGGAGUAUGCCACGAAGCUUAUGGCAAGUAAUACAUUUAUAAAUUUCAGUACUCACAAGUCGUUUGGCUCCCACUAUCCAAAAACCAGCAGAACGUAAAGCUCCUUCUGUAAAUAGACGUCCUUGAUGUCUGACCUGGUGGUAAUGCAGUACAAUCAGAGAAGCGAUGUGGUGCUGACCAGGUAUAAUUAGAGGGUUUCUUUCAUUUAACUCUAAUUUAGCUUGCUUGAGACGACCACCUACUCUUAACAGGCCAUUUCGACCGAGGAAUGGGUCAAGUUUCCUAAGAGUACUGUCCUUAGGGAUAACCUUUUUGUUCAAGAUACAGUUGAUCUCUCUGGCAUAGACUCCAUGUUGCACAAUGCAAAUGAUCACAUUUUGCGCAUGUUGAUGCUCUGAUGGUGUGCGGAUGUUGGGACACAGAUGCCAGCCUUUACAAUUACUCUCUACUGGAGGUGUGACAUGUUUAAAUGAAUGAGCUAUGUGGGUUAGGCUAACAAUGGCUCUAAUGAGUGACUUCCAGGUCGAGAAUCUACUGAACCUGUGAGACUCGAGAUGACUGACUGUAGUCAUUGUCUGAAGUGUAGAAACUUCAGGACGGACUUCAGAAUCAAGUCUGAGUCCACUAGUUCAAAUAUGUCAUUCUGAGGGGCAGUCAACUCUGCCUUGUACAAGAAAGCAGGUCCUGUCAACCAUGUAGUGUUUUUGAGAUGACUAGCUGCUACAGCCCUUGUAGUGUGAUCUGCAGGAUUGUGUUCAGUAGGUACGUAAUGCCAUUGAGUUGGACAAGUGGAUUUCCUAAUCCGUAGAAUUCUGUUGUUAACAUAGACAUAAAAGCGUCUACUCUCGUUGUAGAUAUACCCUAAAUAAUCUGUGUCGCUGUCACAAGCGACGUCCUCGUUAGGGAGGUUGACGACAGGGCAAAUUGAAUGAUUUUUUUGAGGUAAUUCCUUUAUAAGGAAGUGGUUGUGACAUGGUUGGAAAAGAGAAGGGCGUCCAUUCUCUAGUGUAUUUGUGAGCAUGCUGUUGACAGAGUUUGGUUUCUGCAUGCUUCCAAGGCAGACGUCUCCUAUAAUGACCCAUCCUAAAUCCAGCUUCUGGGCGUAAGGGGCAUUGUGAGGACCAUUAAUCUGGGCUCUUGCUUUAUGGACUUGUAAUAUAUCUCUCCCCAGGAGUAAGAUAAUCCGAGCCUGCGGGUCUAGUUGAGGUAUUAGAUUCGCUAUGCGUUUUAAAUGUGGGUGGUGACGUGCUGUAUCUGGGGUCGGAAUCUCAGAUCUUUGAUCAGGAAUCUGGUUGCAUUCAAUGAGGGUUGGUAGAGUUAAAGAAGUUUGGCCAUCUAAGGACACUAUUUUGUAGCCGGAUGCUCUUCUCCCCGCUGUCUCAACGUUACCUGAACACGUUUUCAAGGAGUAUGGAAAGCUAGGGCCUUUGAUAUCAAACAUAUCAAAGAAGGUUGGGCUGGCUAGAGACUUAUUACUCUGGUCGUCUAGAAUGGCAUAUAGUUUGAUGGCUUUAUUCCUGUUACCUACAGGGUAGAUUCUAACUAAACAGAUUUUGGAGCAGGACUUGCCAGUUAUGGUUCCUUUACAGACCUCAGUGCAUUUUGAGGUAAUCUCUGGCGUAGUUGUAGUAGUGUGUUUUUGCUCCCCGCCAUGCUCAGUGAAGCUGUGUGUUGUAAGGACCAUGGGGCAGACCCAGGGUGUAGAGCCGUAUUGUGAUCUGAACUAUCACAUUCUCGGCAUCGCAGACUGACCUUACAAUCCUUAGCGAAGUGAAAGGCUGAGCAGCACUUGUAGCAAAGGUUGUUCUGCUUCAGGAAGGCCUUGCGUUCUUCUAAAGGCUUCUCUCUGAAGGUUCUACAAUUCUGCAGAGGAUGAGGCUUGCGGUGUAGAGGACACUGUUUACCAGGAUCCUUAAUUCUUGCCUCCGUGAGAGAAGAGUUAGCAGACCUGAAAGGAGAAUCUGGAGAGUCUACAUUAAUUUUGUGUACUGAUAUUGGGGGCUUGUUCGGUCCGUGGGAAAUAACACAUGACAGUGAGAAAUCAAAACUGGGAUCAUUCUUCAUCUUAGCUUGCUGGUUCACAAAAUCCACGAAAACAGAAAAGGGAGGAUACGGAACGUUGUGUUUUCUCUUAAAUUUAGAACCAUGUGCAAUCCAUUGUUCUUGUAGAUUGUAAGGUAACUUUUGUACAAUGAGGUUGACACCUCUAGCUGUGUCUAGAAACUUAAGUCCAGGUAAGUCUCCUUCAGAUUUAGCUACUUGAAGUUCCUUUAGUAAAUCACUCAAUUCUCUGAGUUUCUGGUAAGCUUUGGCAGGUAUCUUAGGAAAACUAUCGAGUCUUUUAAAUAGUGCGUUCUCUAUAGCUUCUAUUGAACCGUAACACUCCUCAAGUCUAUUCCAAAUCAUUUUAAGGCCGAUGCCUGGGUAAUUAAUGUUUAUUGUUCUAAUUCUUUUGGCGUGUUCGGCAGACUCUUUACCAAGCCACUUGACUAAGAGGUCCAUCUCUUCCCAGCACGAUAGAUCUAGGCCUUCGAUAGCAUUUUGAAAGGAAGCGCGCCAGGCUCUGUAACUUUCAGGUUGGUCGUUAAACUUUUCAAGUCCCUUUGUGACUAGUUCACGUUUAGCAAGGAACUUGGCAAAGUCUAUUGUGGUUGGAUCAGUGUGGUGAGGGUCACUACGAUGUAAAGGUAUGGGAUAAUCGUACCUUUCUGAUGGUUCUGAUUUCAUGUGAUCUCUGUUGUACCGCUCCGGUUCGAAGGUUGAGUUUGCCGGGUUGCUCAUACUAAUAGGCUUGUCUCUGUUUUGCAGCGGCACCGUAUAAAAGUCUUGGGUUGUCGUUUUGAUGUCCUCUUCUCUAGGUUGUUGCAGAGGUACAUAGUCACUUGAUUUGGCAUGCUGAUAAACGUACUCUGAAGUCCGUUGCAGGGGAUCUUGUAGUCCCGGAUCCGGGCUGAUUACACUGUUGCGUUCCCUGACAGGAAUUAAAGUCGCUUCUAAGGCGUCUGCCUCAGUUAUGGCGGCUGCUGUUUCUUUUUCUAAAAUGAGUUUUUCUAGGCUUGCUUCCAACCUAGCCUUUUCCUGUUUCAUCUUUAUUUCUUGCUCUGCGAAGGCUGCUCAUGUUUUAGCCGCUUCAGACUUGGCGCGAGCAAUGGCAAGUGCAUUACUCACAAUGGAAGAUUUAGAAGUACCAGAGACUUGGGACCUUGCCUUUCCCAAAGACGCCCGACUCUGAGACAUGUUGUUAAGGAGAUGUCUGACUGUUUAGAGCUUGCUAUUGUCGUAUGCAGGCGUGUGCGUUGACAGAAUAGCAGGUCUGCGUAGUCUUAUCUCUUUCCACUUGCUGGAAAGCCGUUGUUUUACUGUGCUGUCCUCACUACCGUGCCUGGUGACCUAGGCCUAGGUAGUUCGACAUACAGCUAAACCUUCUUGUCUUCGACGGAAGAAAGAGAUUUUUUUUUUACUUUUAAUCCUAUACUUUAUUAACAGUCAAGAACGAGGUAAAACAAAUUGAAUAAGACAAAUAAUAAGUGUGAAGACAAGUAUUAAAUGGUAAAACAACGAUACAAUCUUGCAGGUGGAGAACAUGUAACAGCACUCCCUCUGGUACCCUCACACCCACUGAACUCCUCCUCUCUAACCCCUCAGGCCAACUGUCCCAACUGUCAGCAACUGCCGUUCUUGCAAUAUUCUUUAUGGCCAGUAGGUGGAGCCGCGCUACCCAGUACAAUAACAGCCCAUACAAACUAAAUACAUUUAUGAACUUUGCCUGUGCCAAAGGCACGGCAAGAAGAAUGAAAAGCCUUGGAGUGGCACAUGCGUGUUCUAUCCAUGGGAAACUGUCCACUGCUCCAGCUAGAGGACUUCCAUAGCACCCAGAUCCUCAGUUCUCAGGAAGGGGAUUAGCAACAUGGAGAAGGACCAAGGAAUGGUCAAGACCACAGCUAGCGACCUUGGCACGGAAGCAGAACAUACAAGUUGUCUCAGCAGUGGCCUGGAGCUACCAACAGAUCUGGCUCGCUAUUUGCUGACUUGAGGUCCCACCCCCUGAAUGCCACACCUGGGCAGUUAAAAGGCCAGUGACUCCUCAUUGCUUUUCCCCUAUCGCCUUCCACUUUAGCAAUGCCACACAUUCAUCACUUUAUACAAGUUAUAUACUGUAAUAAGUUUAAAGUCUGAAGUUAAUUUGUUAAAAGUUAUGAAAAUCUAAUGAAAUUUUUAGGAAAGAAAUGUGUCUGAUCCUGGCUCUUUCAGACCUUGCCUAUUGUGCAAAGCUAAAAUUUACCUUCAUUGCUCCACCUACUUUGAUCUCUGGUCCUGCCCAUCACUUCCAUGUGGCCCCUGGAAGGUUCCUCAGGAGGGAAUGUGGCUCUUGGGCUGAGAAGGGAAUGGAAGAGAAAAGGCUAGGCAGGUUAUCUAUCUGUCUGGCCAUUAACCCCCUACUGCCCAUGAAGUUAUGAAGACUGAAUCAGAAUGCUGGACCAUGCAGCCCAAUGGCGUCCACUAUGGCAGGAAGCAGCUCUCCAGGGUCUUGGGCAAAGAGAGGUCUACCCCUGAACUGUCCCAUGAUGCUCUUCACUGGAGGUGCAGGCGGACCUACCAUCCGGAGAAGCAGAAAACAAGCUUGCUCCAUCUUCCAUGCAACAACCCUUUAAGGCGAGUUUCAUAUCACCUCUCAGCUUUCUCUUCUCCAGGCCAAACCUCCUCAGCUCCUUCAACUGUUCCUCACAAGAGUCUGAACUGGCAGUCACUUGCCAGAAAUGAGAACAUAACAUAAGAACCUAAGGGGAGCCUGCUGGAUCAGGCCAAUGGCCCAUGAUCAGCAUCACGUCCUCACAGCGUCCAACCAAUCUCCAUAACGGGAAACCCGCAAGCAGAACACAAGCACACCCUUCCCUCCUGUGGUUUCCAGCAAAUGGUAUUCAGAAGCAUCAUUGCCACUGUCUGUUUGGCACCAGGAAAGUUCCCCUUCACACAGCACAGAAUUAAACCAUGGAACUGUCUUGCCCAGGAAACCCAGCCAGAUGGGCGGGGUAUAAAUUAUUAUUAUUAUU